UUCAGUUGAUAAAAUAUUGAUUUAAUAUAAGCGCGAUUUCUCUUCAAACGUGAUAAUAAAUCAAUAUGACUACUCUUUUUUGUUUUAUUUUCUCCAUUUUUUAGAAACUAAUUUUUAACCUCUAUCUUUCAUAUUUUUGGCAUAAAAAAUUUUUAACUUUUUUUUUGGCUUGAAAAUUAAUUUCAUGUUUCAUAUUUUCUAAAUUUGCAAAUAAAAAUAUAAAUAUUUAUUCAACAUGAGAGAAAUGAUUCAUAUUCAAAUAGGUCAAUGCGGAAAUAGCGUUGGAUCAAAGUUCUGGGAAGUACUUACUGACGAGCAUGGAGUAAAUGCUGAUGGAAAUUAUAUUGGAACUUCUGAUGUACAAUUACAAUACAUCAGUGUUUUUUUCAAGCAAGGAAUGGGCGGUAGAUAUGUUCCAAGAUCAUUGAAUGUUGAUCUUGAUCCAGGAAGUUUGGAAAUGGUCAAAUCUGGACCGAAUGGGAGAAUUUUUUCACCAGACUGUUUUAUUAGUUCGCACAAUGGUGCGGCGAAUAAUUUUGCAAAAGGUUAUUUCACUGAAGGUGCAGAAUUGGCCAAUGAAACGCUGGACAUGAUUCGACUCGAGGCAGAAAAUUGUGAUUUAAUUCAAGGAUUUCAAGUGAUUCAUUCUCUUGGAGGUGGUACUGGAUCAGGAAUGGGCACUCGUCUCAUGACACUUUUACAAGAAGACUAUCCCGAUAGAAUUGUAAAAAGUUAUUCAGUGAUACCAUCGCCAAAAGUUUCGAAUACAAUUGUUGAGCCCUAUAAUGCAAUUUUAACAUUGAGCCUAUUGACUGAGGCAACAGACGAAACUUUUUGCAUUGACAAUGAAGCAUUGUAUCAUAUAUUGACGAAAAAUAUGGAAAUUGCAUCACCAACAUAUCCCGAUAUGAAUUAUUUAAUAUCAAAUUGCAUGGCCGGAAUUACAACAAGUCUAAGAUUUCCUGGCCAAUUAAAUAUGGACCUUCGAAAAUUACUCGUCAAUAUGGUACCAUUUCCAAAAUUACAUUUUUUUGUACCUGGAUUUGUGCCAUUAAUGACACGCAAUGCCGGUUCAUAUAGAAUGGAAACAGCUACGGAAUUAACGCGUCAAAUAUUUGAAGCCAAUAAUAUGUUUGCAUUUUGUGAUCCACGAAAGGGACGAUUUAUAACUGUUGGUAUUAUUUUUCGUGGCAAUCUCUCUUCCAAGGAAAUAGAUGAAGAAAUAUGGAAAAUUCGAGACAAGACUAGUUCAUGUUUUAUGGAAUGGCUUCCAAAUUCGGUAAAAGUUGCAAUGUGCGAUAUUCCACCACGUGGUUUAAAUACAAGUGCAACAGCAAUUAUAAAUACGACUGCAAUUCAAGAAUUAUUUCGAAGAGUUGACGUUUCAUUUACAAGAAUGUUUCGUAAAAAAGCUUAUCUCCAUUGGUAUUUAGGAGAAGGAAUACAAGAAGAUGAUUUUAUUGAAGCACAAAAUAAAAUUCAAGAACUUAUAUUUGAAUAUCAACAGCAUCAAGAGGGUGGAACAAAUUAUGAGGGUCUUGAUGAUGAUGAUGAAGAGACAGAGGGUAAUCAAAAUGACAAUAAUGGCGAUGAUGAUGACGAUGAUGACGACGAACAUGAAUAAAAAAAAAAAAAAAAGAAAAAUGUAAUUUAUUUCUCAAAUUGUAUAUAUAAAUUCUAUUUCAUUGCAAAUAAGAUUUUGUUUUUUAAUUACAAAACUUUUUCACGGAAUUUCUUUUAUUUCCUUUCAGUAAAACUGAAAUACAAACUAUUUGAAAAAAUUUAUAUGUAAUCUUUUAUAUAAUAUAUCAAAGCCUGUUAAAUUACAAACUUCUUAUAUUAAAAUAUAUUUUUUGUCAUAUUAAUAGAAUCUUUAAUAUAAAAUUAAGUAAACCAAAUUAAUUUCAAAUCGGGCAGGCUAAACAUUGUCGGAGUUUGAAACUAAUUUUUUUCUCAAUUUUUUCAAAGCUUUUUAAACGACACGUAUUUUUUUUCGUUU